AGAGAGAGAGAGAGAGAGAGAGAGAGAGAGAGAGAGAGAGAGAGAGAGAGAGAGAGAGAGAGAGAGAGGGGAGGGGGUGUAAGAAAAAAAGAGAACCAACUUUGUAACUGCAGGCUCUGCCUCACCGAGGGGCUUCAGCACUGCGCUUCUGUGAAGUGUCCUCUUACCUAGGGGUGUGCCGCGGGUGUGUAUGAGAGAGUGUGUGUGUAUGUGAGCCAGAGCUUCAGGAGCCAUGUCGGACCCCAGGGACAUCGACGAGGAUGCCAUCCUCAAGGGACUCAGUCCUGAGGAGAUUGAUCAGCUGGAGUACGAUCUGCAGGAGAUGGACCCAGAGAAUGCCAUGCUGCCUGCUGGCUACCGGCAGCGUGACCAGACGAAGAAGACCCCAACAGGUCCGUAUGACCGUGACGCCCUGCAGCAGCACCUGGAGAAGCAGGCCAUGGAUCACCCGGACAGGGACGAUCUGGUGCCCUUCACCGGGGAGAAGAAAGGAAAGACCUUCGUGUCAAAGACGAAGAAAGAGAUCCCUGCACACGAGCAGAUUGUCCUGGAGCCGGAGCUGGAGGAGGCACUGAAAAAUGCCACAGACGCAGAGAUGUGUGAUAUUGCAGCCAUCCUUGGGAUGUACACUCUGAUGAGCAACAAGCAGUACUACGACGCUCUGGGCACCACGGGCACCAUCGCCAACACAGAGGGCAUCAACAGUGUAGUGAAACCAGAUCCUUUCAAGAUCUUUCCCGAAGAGCCGCCCAACACCACCAACGUGGAGGAAACCCUGGAGAGAAUCCACAACAACGACAGCAGCCUGACUGAAGUCAACCUCAACAACAUCAAGGACAUUCCCAUCCCAACACUGAAGGAGAUCUUUGAGGCGAUGAAGGGAAACUCUCAGGUCGAGUCUCUGAGCAUCGCUGCAACCCGCAGCAACGACCCUGUGGCCUUUGCGUGUGCUGAGAUGCUGCAAGAGAACACCAGCCUGCAGAGUCUUAACAUCGAGUCCAACUUCAUCACCGCCGACGGCAUGAUGGCGAUCAUCAAAGCUGUGGCCAAAAACGUCUCACUGGUGGAGCUCAAGAUUGACAACCAGAGGCAGAAGUUGGGAGACUCGGUUGAAAUGGAGAUCGCCUCCAUGUUGGAGAACAACUCCAGCAUCCUCAAAUUCGGCUACCAUUUCACGCAGCAGGGUCCCCGCGCCAGAGCUGCCAUGGCCAUCACACGGAACAACGACAUGAUUCGCCAGCAGAGAUUAAGAUGAGAACGACGAGUAGCUUAAAGAAGAACAACCUGCAAACUGCCAUCGUGCCGUCUUUCCCAGAGUCGAAAUGAAUCAUCCCAAACGCAGCUGGAUCACCGUGCAUGGUGCAACCCAAUUAACAUCCAUGUCAGAUCAUUUCAUUUCAUUUACCACAUCCAGCUUUUUGUAGACUGCUGAAUUAUCAUAAAGGCAUGUAUAGGUCACAAGCAAAAAUGUGAAGUGUCUUUUUUUAAAAAAUGCUUUUAGUUUGUGCAUUGCCAACGUCAUCCCAAACCCCCCCAAAAAAUUAACUCUUCAUUCAUGGAGAAAGAUUUCUAAUGUGGUGCUAUCUGUUGGAGGAAACGAAACUGUAAAUACUUUAAAUAAAAUAUAUAUUCAAGUAUUUCUUCUAAAUGUUUGGCAAGUUUAAUUUGAUUGAAUCUGCACCUUUUUGUCUUUAAUAUUUCAAUCAAGCAGCAACCUGCGUUGUUGUAAAAUGAAGCUUAUGUGGAAUAGAGGAAAGACAAAAACUACCCUAACGGAGCCCGUGCUCGCUCUCUCCUAGCCCGGCCUGUCCCGCUAACUGUAUUCAUGUUUCUAUUUCUCUAUUGGAGGGGGGUGGAUCCUGGCCAAACUUGACUCAAGGCGUGGGCUGGGUCCGGCAGAGAAUCUAACCUCUAAUGUGGAAGUGCAAAACAAAAAGUGCAGUUCCUCGAGUGUCCACUAGAGGCUGGCUGCAAAAGCCCUGGAAGUCACAUACACAGCCAUUCUAAAAAGCCUGUUUUUACAGCAGAGAUUAACAUGUUUACAGCCUGGUUCAAGAAAUAAUUUUGGUCUGAACAGUUCCUGUCUUUCUCCGCACACACUGUACGGGGAGUGACUUGUUUUAUAACACAUCCGUUUUGAUUCUAUAAAGGAUAAGAGUUAUUCAUAAUUAAGGGCGGUAAGUUGUAGCUGUUUGUUAGGAGGCUUACGGCCGCCUCAGCUCCACCUUCUUUGACUGUUACUUGAUUAAAAAGGUUGUUUGAGUCAACAUUUUUCAAUAUGGCGACCGCCAUGAAAAACUCUGCUUCAGAAAACAAUGGCUGACGUCACUGAGACUACGUCCAUGUUUUAUACAGUCUAUGAUUUCAAUGAUUACGAUUUCUAUGACAUCUGCUGAAUAAAAAGGUCGCACAUC